AUGGACUCCUCAGCCUAUGCAACACUUCCAAGAGUAGUCUUGGAAAAUGGCUCAGGAUACGUAAAAAUCGGAAUGGCAGGCAAUAAAAAGCCGCCACAUGUUAUCCCAAACUGUGUAGGACAGCCGAAGAAGAAGGCCAGCUCACAUUACACAGAAUCUCACUCUUCAGCUAUUGCAGACCAAAAGGAUCGAUCAGAAAGCCAUUCAACAUCGGAAUCCUCAAGUUUCAUCUCAGAUUCAUGUUACACACUGAUUGAGUAUUUCUGUAACAGACCUCAAAUUAACAGCCUGGUUUGCGACCCUGAUAGACAAAGAAUGGUAUGGGAUAAGUAUAUAGGAAGAUCACAUCUUACAAAGAAGGAUGGGAUUAUUUUCCCAGGAAAUUACCUCUCAGUGAUCCCUGAGUCAUCAUCAAUCUGCCUAACUGAGGCUAAUUUGUGUCCAGCACAAUCAAGGCAACUUUCAGCUGAAAUCAUAUUUGAAGAUUUUGGUUUCCCACUAGCAUGUUUUUUGUCAUCGCAGACAGCUAGCUCAUACUUUUAUCAAAACUAUACCCCUUCAAGAGCUAAAAGUGAUCCUGUUUUGUAUUCAUAUCCAGAUUCUACAAUAUCAACUUCUCGUUAUAGUCCCAUUAACUCACAUAGUGGCAGGAAAGAAUUAGAUCAAAGAAACAGUUCUAAAGAAAUGAAUUUAACGGGCUGCUUGGUGGUUGACUGUGGAUUUGGCUCAACUCAUUCAGUGCCAUUUGUUAACGGGAUACCAAUCCAGAAUGCCUCACUUAGAACUAAUUCAGGCGGUUCACAAUCUAUGAGAUCAGUCAAUUUAGAAUUCAACGAGCUUGUAGUCCAACACAUGAAAGAGGAAUCAUGCUAUGUAUCAUUGGAUUUUGACCUUGAGUUAAAGGCUGCCAAGAGACUAAUAAAACUGUACGGAACACAUUUGCUUGCACACCAGUACAUUCUACCAAUUUAUACAUCGAAAUCGAAAACUCUUAUGUCUAAGCAUUUUACAAAUUAUCGCAAAACGACCCCUCCAUUAUUAAACGAAAAUAACGAAGACUUGAUCAAGGCGCUUGUUUCCGGGGAAAUCAGUGACAUCAAACAGCUGGAACCUACAAAUGCACUUUCAGAAACUAAUAGAGUCUCUAACACUCACAGUUCUAUCACUCAUGAUGCCACUAACGAUGAUGACACUGAUGAAGUAAAGGAUAGUUUAGGAGAAAUGAACGACAUCAAUGCGGAGGAGUAUGAAAGAGAUGUGGAUGAAACUCAAUUUGUAGAAUUAUUUGCAGAGCGAUUCAGUGUUCCUGAAAUUAUAUUUAACCCUCAAGAUAUCAAGCUUAAUGACUGUGGGAUUGUGGAGCUGGCAUACAGAAGUAUAUCUUUGUGUCCACCGAUAGUACAGCCGCUUCUCGCCAGUAAUAUCUUCAUUUGCGGAGGAACCACAAAGUUCCCUGGAUUCAUAAAAAGAUUCUAUAAAGACCUCAGGCCUAUGAUACCACAGGAGUGGGAUAUAAGAAUAUAUUCGACAGAUGAUCCGAUGUUGGCGUCAUUCUACGGUGCGAGGAUGUGGACGAAUAACGACUCCAUGUUUCUAUCAAAUGCAAUCACGAGGUCAGAAUAUUUCGAAAACGGAGCAAGCGUUAUUAAAAUCAAAGAACAACCGAAGCGGGGAAAUGAUUUUAAUUUGCUAAAAAUGGAACAAAAUGGAUUCAGUUACCCAAGAUAA